GACGGCAUGUACCGGGGUCUGCGCAAUCUGCCGCGCCAGCGCUUGUUUAUCAAGGUAGAACCCGGCCUUGAUGUUCCUCACGCCAUCAGAACAGCAUCACAGAAUCACAGAAUCACGAUCAUGACCGCCCCGAUGAGGAUAGGCCGCGAGGUGUCGCGAGUUGACGCCAACGAGAAGCACAACUCGGACGUGUACCCGGAGCUGAAAGAGUUGAUGAUGCGCAACCAGCGCUGGGCAAAGCACAUGAACGCGACGGACCCCUCGUUCUUUCCGCGACACUACCCGGGGCAGCGCCCCGAGGUAUUGUGGAUCGGAUGCUCGGACGCACGCGUCCCCGAAACCAUGAUUAUGGGAUCGCAGGCAGGUGACAUUUUCGUGCACCGUGGCAUCGCAAACCUCUACACGCCGAAUGAUGACAGCCUCAACGCCGUCCUCAUGAUCGCCCUCAUCAACUUCAAAGUCAAGCACAUCAUCGUGGCGGGCCACUCGAACUGCGUCGGCUGCCAGACCGCGCUUCGCGCCUCUGUUCUCCCACCCGUGCCCGAAACACAGGCGAUCCAGCGAUACCUCAAGCCGCUGACGGCGCUCGCGCGCCUGAUGGCGACCGAGGAGGGCCCGCCCUCGCUCGACCUGCUGGUGGAAGAGAAUGUCGCGCAGCAGGUCAAGAACCUGCUGGCGUCGCAGAUUGUACAGGACGACUGGAAGCGACGCGGCCAAUUUGGCGUCACUGUCCACGGGUGGGUGUACCAGCUUGAGAACGGGAUCGUCCGUGAUCUCGGCAUCAGCCAGGGCCCGCCGACAGCCAAGCCGGGGGGCCGGCGGAUGGGGGUGCGGUUCUUCUAACGGCGGCGACAGGUUGUGUUAGCAUAUAUACCAUGUACUAGUGUCAGAGGUCGAGAGGAGCGCGAGCAUG